CACCGGCCGCCGAGACACGGAAGCAGGGCCGGGCUCCGAGUAAUUGAGAAGCAGGAACCGCGAGCAACAAGUGUCUGGGAUCGGACGGAUAACCAUCGGGAACCUUUCGCGCUCGGCGGUAAACGUCGGGUGAGAGAAACUACAACUCCCAGUGGUCUCCGGGGCUGUACGCAUGUGCACCGAGCCCGGCAGAGAGUGCGCCUGCGCCGCAGGGAGUCUGCUGACCCGGAAGAAGCAGCGGCUGUGGAGUCUGUGCUGGAGGCAGAGGUGUUAGAGCUCAGUUUUCCUGGGCAGAAUUGAAAUGAUGCAGAAGUAUUUUACAGAAGGACAGGUGUACACGGUGCCAAUAAUCCAGCCGGACCUGCGCCGGGAAGAGUCCAUUCACCAGAUCACUGAUGCUCUUCAGUAUCUCCAAAAAAUCUCCAAUGAUGUCUUCACGAGGGUUUCCCAAAACGUGGAGAGGAAUCAGACUCGCCUGCAGUCCAUCAGUGACCGCAUCAAUCUGGCACAGGCCAAGAUCGAGAGGAUCAAAGGCAGCAAGAAAGCCACGAAAGUCUUUUCCAGUGCUAAGUACCCUGCACCUGACCGGCUACAGGAUUACACUUCCAUAUUCUCGGGCGCGGAUGAUCCUGCUUCUCAGAAGCGCCCACGCUACAAGAUCCACAGCAAGCUGAAGCCUCUGGAUGAUAAGGCUGUGCAGGAAAAGGCAAAGCAUUACCCCGUGUGUCUGAACACCAAGUCUCGAGAGGAGGAUGAGACGGAGGAGGGGUUGGGAAGCCUUCCUCGGAACAUUAGCUCCAUCAGCUCCCUGCUGCUGUUCAACACGACUGAGAAUCCCUACAAGAAGUACGUUCUCUUGGAUCCGUUAGCAGGAGCUGUGACAAAGACACACAUGGCACUGGAGACUGAGAAGGAAGAGAAGCCGUUUGAUGCCCCGCUCUCAAUCACCACGCGAGAGCAACUAGAAAGACGGACUACUGAGAAUUACUUCUAUGUACCAGACCUGGGUCAGGUCCCAGAGAUUGACGUCCCAUCCUACCUACCGGAUCUGCCUGGGAUUGCAGAUGACCUCAUGUACAGUGCUGACCUGGGACCUGGCAUCGCGCCCUCCGUGCCAGGAAGCAACAUGCCUGAACUGCCCACGUUCAGCACAGAACCUGUUUACACGAAUGGACCAGAUGAUCACGACACUGGUCCUCCAUUGCCGUGUGUUGGGCAACUGCCCUCUGAACCACUAACACCUGUGAACGCCCCUCCUCCUCCACCGCCACCUCCUCCGCCCCCGCCUCCAGCACCAGUCCAGUCACCUCUUCAAACCGACACCAACACCACUCAGUCUUCAGGAAGUGUCCAGGGGGCACCCAAGGAGGUUGUGAAACCCUCGGAUGGAAGGGCUAGUCUGCUGGAAUCCAUUCGUCAGGCCGGAGGCAUUGGAAAGGCCAAACUGCGCAAUGCAAAGCUGAUUAAGAUGGAGAAGAAGAAGAAGCAGAAGGAACAAGAACAAGGUGGCACGAGGGAAGGAGGCGGGAACCUGAUGUCUGAUCUUUUCAACAAGCUGGCGAUGAGGAGAAAAGGUAUAUCGGGUAAAGGACCUUCACAGGGUGAAGGUGGAGGUGGCGAUGCCCCUGCUCCUGGUGGUGCUUUUGCACGUAUGUCUGAUGCCAUUCCACCCCUCCCAGCCCCACACCAACAAACCACAGAGGAUGAUGAUGACUGGGAAGCAUGAGAUGUGCUGUGCCAGAUGGAAUGAAGCCCUCAGCAUUCCGAGACUCCAACUCUCGGGGAAACUCUGCCUUUUCCGAUUGCAUUCCAUUGCAAUCUGCCAGUCAGUACCAGACAGAUUUAGGACUCUUCAAUUGUUAUUUACUUCAACACAAAAGGAAGCGUUAUGUUGCUCUUAUUGCAGCUAAUUUGUCUUUUAAAGUGGGAACAGAAAUACUCAAAUCCAUGUGUAUCACUUACAUGGCUCUCCUCUUAAAAUCUCAGUGAGCAACAUGUGCAGGCACUUCACACACCAGUUACCCAAAGCUGAUUAACAAUUGAGCAGCCGACCAGAAGUGUCUGGUACUGGAAGUUAUCAUUCCAUAUUGUUCCCUUGAUUAUCAGCCUUGAGUCUGAGUAGAUUGUUGGGAGAAAGGAUUUUGUAAUAACUCAUGAACCCCUCAGUGCAGAACAGCUGGUUACCGACAGUAUUACUCAUAAAACACAAUAAAUAACUGGGUAGAAUUUUUGGCAGAAUUUCUUCCAGUGAAUUAAUGAGUUUCACUAGCAUGUGCCUUCAGGUUUGAAGAGACUGACUGGAGGUAGCUGUUUAUUUUUGUUUUGGAAGAGUUAUUAGGAGUGUGUGAAAUCCAUCCAUUUUUCUCCCCACAAAGCACCUGUGCUCCAUUUCUCGAUCUAUCCAGUUCAUUUGAGAUAGAAAGGGGAGGUAGGAUCCUUAACUACACAUAAAACCAGAAUGCAAUAAGAAGGUAAAAUAACAAAAGAAGAAAAAAAAGUGCAAUUCAAAGCUAACUUCAGUGACUGGAACUAACAUGGGACAUUUCACCUGGGUCUAAAUUUACUCUAUUUUCUUACCAUUUCAGAGCUUCCAGAAUUUGCUAGAUUCUCAAAUACUUUGAUGCCAGUUCCUUUGAGAACUACACAAAACUGGCUUCAAAGUUGAAACUAAAUUCAAGGAAUAGCCAAAUUGUGGAUGUUCUAAUAAGAAUUUAGAAUUAUCUCCUGCAAAUGCUUGUACACUGCACCCUUGUAGCUACAUCUAAAAUGUAGUUUACCACAAGAGCCUAAGUGGUUCAAAUCACUUCAAGCAGAUCAGAAGAAUUAAGUGGACAUAGUAUACUGGAGCAAACCAAAACCCAGUGUCUGAAAGCAUUUGGAUAGGAAUGGAAGCUGCGCAUAUCCACAACAACUAAUAGGAAGUUCAAACUGGUCUGUUUUUGAUUUGGGGGGGGGGGGGGGAGAGAAUGGAAAAAAUAAAUUGCAAAAAUGAAUUCUUGUUCUUUGUGCCAUUUUAGUUUCACACCAACUUUCAGAGGAGCAGAAUAUACAGAGAACUAUUUUGAACAACCUACAUUUAAAAGUAGUACUGUUUCUAAUCUUUUGAUUCACUUCAUAUUUCUUUCCUUCACUGUUGUGUUUUAAUCCAGUAUGUCUGGUGAGAUCAAAUAUAAAAGUAAUGUGGGUUGGCAUAUUUUUCCCUUCAAGCCUUUCUGUAAAUGGGUUGGUUGUUCCCUCACUUUGCAACUUAAGAGUGGAAUCUUGUCAAAACGCUGCCGAGGAGGAUCAUAUUGUAUUACCAAACUCUGGCUGCAAGUUCCUCAAAAACAAACCUUUAGACUAAAACAAAAGUUCUAAUGCAGAACACGAGUGACCUGAUGGUGGAGGCUUUUUUGAGUGAAAACUCAUGUUCCAUUCCAAUUGCUAUUUAUUGAGUUGAGCUGCACUGGAACGUGAUCUGAAUCUCCCUUUGAUUUUGGAUGGUUGGGGGGAUGGAGAAAUGUUUCCGAAACAUGCAUUUCCCCGCUGGUGAAUGGUACAGAAUCCAACUGGUUGCCACCUUUGAACCUGAAUUCUUUCACUUGAGUUGGUGUACUUGCGAAUAUUUUUGAGAAGCUACAGGAAGAACGUGUGUACUUGGAAGAUCCGCCAUCCAAUCGCAAUUCUCUGCUUAUUGAAUCAUUUGUAAUUUCAACUGCACUUUAAGCAAAGAGAAAGGUGGUCUGAGAUAAGUGAACCUUACAGAUCAAUGUCCUGCCAUUAAAUAAAAUUGUAGAAAUGUAAAUUUAAAUGUAAAAAUAAAUGAACUAAUUUUAAUUCUGUCUCAUGGUGGCUUCAACUGAGCAGUAACACGCACUUGGUCAGAGAUUGUGGUCUACUCAGCUCUAGAAAACAGCAUAAGUGCAAAACUAGUGGUAAGUACAGUAUCUCUUCAGUGUUGUGAACAAAGAGAAAUGAGGCAGGGCAUCGGUCAAAUACAGAGGACCUGGAACCUAAUCAUAGCUAUUGGGGAAAUGGGAGUAAUUUCUAACCAACAUUUUUUUUCUCUCCAUCUUAAAAGUGUUAAGUGUACAAUUUGGUCCUACUGAUGAAUUCCCACCACAGAAAAAUCUGGUGGCUGAAGAUUUUAAAUCAAAUACACAAAAGUCAAGAGUAUACAACAACUUGCAUUUACAUAGCGCCCUGCACACAGGGUAGCGUCCCGGAGUGCUUGACAGUGGUGGAGUCUGACCCCAAUCUAGGGUGAGGGGGCGUUUCAGAAUUUUGAGUUGUAGUGGCUGAAGGAAAGGCCACCGAUCGUGGAGGGGACAAGGGACAAACAGGAGGCCGGGGCCAGCUGAGCGGAAGCAGUGGGUAAGGGAUAAGAAGAUAAGAGGUAGGGAGGUACGAGGGCAUGAAGAGAUUUUGAAAUUGAUCGAGAAAUUGACGAGUGAGAGGAUCUUGAAAUUGAUCCAUUCGGUAAUUGGGAGCCAGUGGAGCCUGACAAGGAUUGGUGUGAUGGGGAUACAGAGUUUUGAGCGGGUUGGUAUCCUGGCAGCAGAGUUUUGAAUUUGUUGAAUUUUGUGUAUGGGGGAGCACAGCGAGGAGGGCAUUGGAAUAGUCCAGCCUCAUGAUGAAGGCGUGGGCAAGGGUUUCGGCUGCUUUGGUUGAGGUACGAACGGAGGCGGACAACGUGACCGAGGCAGAAAAAAGCGGUCCUGGUCAGGGAACGGAUGUGGAAUAGAAAGGAAAGCUGGGGAUCAAACCUAAUGCCUAAGUUGAGUCUGAGGGAGAGCCCGGGGAGGUUGAGAAGUUCAGACCAGCAGGCUAGUCACAGAGCAAAUAUUUCGCUUCUUGUGAAUUAGAUACUUAUAAUAAUCCUU